GUCAGAGCGCGUCGCACCCCUGGCGACCCCGGAAGUGGGUCGGGGGCUUGGCCUCUGCCCGGCCACAGAGCCUGAGGUGGAGGUACUAUCCCGUCCGGCGGCGAACCCCGGGCGGGGCCCGGGGCUGGGGUUUCAAGAUGCUGAACGUCCCUUCCCAGUCUUUCCCGGCCCCCAGGUCGCAGCAGCGUGUAGCCUCCGGGGGGCGUAGCAAGGUACCUUUAAAACAGGGCAGAAGCCUUAUGGAUUGGAUUCGACUGACCAAAAGUGGAAAGGAUCUAACAGGAUUAAAAGGCAGGUUAAUUGAAGUAACUGAAGAAGAACUUAAGAAACACAACAAAAAAGAUGAUUGUUGGAUAUGCAUAAGAGGUUUCGUUUAUAAUGUCAGCCCUUAUAUGGAGUAUCAUCCUGGUGGAGAAGAUGAACUAAUGAGAGCAGCAGGAUCAGAUGGUACUGAACUUUUUGAUCAGAAUCUCACCCUGUUGCUCAGGCUGGAGUGCGGUGGUGCAGUCUCAUCUCGCUGCAACCUUUUUCUCCCGGGUUCAAGCGAUUCUCCUGCCUCAGCCAUCCAAGUUCAUCGUUGGGUCAAUUAUGAAUCCAUGCUGAAAGAAUGCCUCGUUGGCAGAAUGGCAAUUAAACCUGCUGUUCUGAAAGACUAUCGUGAGGAAGAAAAUAAAGUCUUAAAUGGCAUGCUUCCCAAGAGCCAAGUGACAGAUACACUUGCCAAAGAAGGUCCUAGUUAUCCAAGCUAUGAUUGGUUCCAAACAAACUCUUUAGUCACCAUUGCCAUAUAUACUAAACAGAAGGACAUCAAUUUAGACUCAAUAAUAGUUGAUCAUCAGGAUGAUUCCUUUAGAGCAGAAACAAUUAUUAAGGAUUUUUUAUAUCUUAUACAUAUUGGGCUAAGCCAUGAGGUUCAGGAAGAUUUUUCUGUGCGGGUUGUUGAGAGUGUGGGAAAAAUAGAGAUUGUUCUAAAAAAAAAAGAGAAUACUUCUUGGGACUUUCUUGGCCAUCCCCUGGAGAAUCAUAAUUCACUUAUUCCAAGGAAAGAUGCAGAAGAUACUUACAUGAAGAAUUCAUAUAUCAGAAAGAACAUCAACCAGAGAAGAGAAACUUUCAUUUUUACCUUCAGUCCAAAUGUAGUAGGUUUGUACUACAGAAAGUGCCAAUUAAUUUCCAAGGAAAAUGUUACUCAUGAUACGAGGCUUUUCUGUUUGAUGCUGCCACCAAGCACUCAUCUUCAAGUGCCCAUUGGGCAACAUGUUUACCUCAAGCUACCUAUUACAGGUACAGAAAUAGUAAAGCCAUAUACACCUGUAUCCGGUUCCUUACUGUCAGAGUUCAAGGAACCAGUUCUUCCCAACAAUAAAUACAUCUAUUUUUUGAUAAAAAUCUAUCACACUGGACUCUUCACACCAGAGCUUGAUCGUCUUCAGAUUGGAGAUUUUGUUUCUGUAAGCAGUCCUGAGGGCAAUUUUAAAAUAUCCAAGUUCCAAGAAUUAGAAGAUCUCUUUUUGUUGGCAGCUGGAACAGGCUUCACACCAAUGGUUAAAAUACUGAAUUAUGCUUUGACUGAUAUACCCAGUCUCAGGAAAGUGAAGCUGAUGUUCUUCAAUAAAACAGAGGAUGAUAUAAUUUGGAGAAGCCAGUUGGAGAAAUUAGCAUUUAAAGAUAAAAGACUGGAUGUUGAAUUUGUUCUCUCAGCACCUGUUUCUGAAUGGAAUGGCAAACAGGGACAUAUUUCACCAGCUCUUCUUUCUGAAUUUUUGAAAAGAAAUUUGGACAAAUCCAAAGUUCUCGUCUGCAUUUGUGGACCAGUGCCAUUUACAGAACAAGGAGUAAGGUUGCUGCAGGAUCUCAACUUUUCCAAAAAUGAGAUCCAUAGUUUUACAGCAUAAUGAAGAGCUGUCAUUGUCCUUUAUUCAACUAGUUUAUCUAAAUUUGUGAUUGCUUAGGGUUUUUUAAGAAACAUUUUUGUACAUAAUAAAAGGUUAACUAGAAUCCAGGCUUCAGUUUCUUAAAUGAAAUCAAAUGUUCCUUCUGUAUAAGUAACUCCUUGGCUUUCUUUUGUACCAUAACUUAUUUUACUACUGAUAGUUGACCUGGACAGUUAAUCAUGGCAAAAAAUACAUACAGGAUCCUUUGUUAUGAAUCACAAAUUUCCUUGCCAUUUAAAUUAUAUCACUGUUCUACAAUAAGCACUUGUGUUUUAUGACAUGGUAAAGUGAUCACUUCGAUCAUAUUUCUAUGCUGUAAAAUGUCUUAUAAGCAAUACAGAUUAAAUUUUACAUUGCACUGUUAACUCAGGAAAUGAUCAUUUAUGUCCUUGUUAUUAAUAUUAAAACAUAGAAUGUUAUAACUUAUUAACUUAUCCAAACAUUUUUGUGUGUGUGUGUAUGGCACUGAUGCAGAAUAGAAUAAAAUUAUACUUAAGUUCUUUUUAA